UCCCACAAAGGAUAAGGCCAUAAAGCUUCCAUUUUUCUUCUGAUCUUUUUUCUCUCAAAUUUCCUUUCUUGCAAACCAAACCCAGAAAAAACCAUGUCAAUUGCUUCCUUAUCCCUUCCUUCCUUAGGCCAUUGCUGCCAAAAUUCUCCUCCUAUCUCCCUCAAAUCUUCUUUUCUCUCAAAACCCACAACAACCCAGUUUUCUUUUGCCUUCAAAACCACCCAAAAAAGGUCCUUUUUCCAUAUAGUCUCAAUGAGCAUGGAAGCAGGCGUUGGAGUAAUGGGCACAAAGCUUGGCAUGAUGAGUUACUUUGAAACUGAUGGCACAGUCGUUCCAGUGACUGUAGUCGGUUUUAGGGAAGGAAAUAUAGUGACCCAAGUUAAGACCUCGGCUACUGAUGGUUAUGAUGCUGUUCAAGUUGGGUAUAGGAGAGUUAGAGAUAAGAAGUUGGCAAAGCCUGAGUUGGGCCAUUUGGAGAAAGGUGGUGUUAUUCCCAUGAGGCAUUUGCAAGAGUUUAGGUUGCAAAGUGUGGAGGAGUUUGAGGUUGGUCAGAAGUUGGCUGUUGAAGAGAUUUUUAAGGAAGGUGAUCUUGUUGACGUCUCUGGGACUACUAUUGGGAAAGGAUUUCAAGGUGGGAUUAAGCGCCAUAAUUUUAAAAGAGGUCAAAUGACCCAUGGUUCCAAGAGUCAUAGAGCGUUAGGGUCUAUUGGUGCUGGAACAACACCUGGCCGUGUAUACAAGGGGAAGAAAAUGCCUGGCAGGAUGGGAGGAAGCAAAAGAAAGAUCCGAAAGCUCAAGAUUGUGAAACUUGACAAUGAGCUUCGAGUUGUGAUGAUCAAAGGUGCUGUCCCUGGUAAGCCAGGAAAUCUGCUACGUAUAACUCCAGCUAAGAUUGUUGGGAAGAACAUACCAAAGAACUAAUUUCAUGUAUUGUAACUUACUUGAUUUUGGUUAGUCUUGCAUCAUUAAAAAUGCUAAAUCUUGUAUAAUGUUUUUGCUUUCUGUAGUUGAAAUUUAGUAUUUCAGUUGUGCAAUCUUUUGAUGAAUUCUUUGUUGUAUGAUUUUAAGUUUAAGUUUACCAUUUUUUUGAGUUGAUUCCUGAAUUUGGGAAUGGCUUCUCAAUUUGCAAAGUUCUUAAAUUAAUCAGUCAAUUCUACUUCUCAA